AUGACAAUCAGUGACGAAGAUUCCAAUUCAGAUCAACCCCCAAGCCCUUCUGGACCGAAAUCUUCCGAACUGGUGAUCAUUGACGAAGAUUCCGAUUCAGAUGAAAACCUGAGGCCUUCUGAACCAGUUCAGCGGUCUGAGCCGAAGAGGUCUGAGCUGAAAACUCCCGAACAAGCUGGGGAACUUAUUGACGAAGAUUCCGAUUCAGAUGAAAACCCGAGGCCUUCUGGACCAGCUCAGAGGUCUGAGCUAAAGAGGUCUGAGCCGAAAACUCCCGAACAAGCUGGGGAACGUAGUCCUCCACUUGUUCAGAGAUCUGUAGAGGAGCAAGUUCCUCAACAUGAGAUCCCUGUAGAAGUUGAGGGACAAGUCCUCCAACCAGAGAUCCUUGAAGAAGUUGAGAAACAAGUUCCUCAACGAGAGAUCUCUGAACAAGGUCAGGAAGAAAUGGCUCCUCAACGGCAGACCCUUUCUGAAGAGCAGGUCAUUCUAAAAAAUGAUGACAUUUCUGGAUCAUCAGGGGAAAAUCUAGAGAGAAACUUGAAUCAAGAAUAUUUUGGAGUUGUAAAUUCUCCAAUUGUCAAUUUCAAAGUGAAAAAUGACGAUAUUCCAAACUUUGAUGUUGAAAGCUUGGAGUGUGAGGUUCUGAAGCUGGAAAUUUCCAACUAG